AUGUCGUUUAGAGUAACCAGAAAUCCUGGCUAUUUAUCAGUGAACAGGGGUAUCGUUGAGCAUCAGCGCAGUUCAGAAUUCGAUUUAACAGCAGGUUUCUUAACAGAGGCCAAUCACGCCUUCUGUGACUCUAUUAAGUGGCUUCCCAAGUCUCCUAAACUGCACGGUGGCCACAACUGGAGCUCCCAGGGCUCUCGCUGGGCCUCCUUGAAAGGAAAGGAAAGUUUUCGUGGUGGUAACCUGUACAAAUUCAGCUCCGCCAAUGGAAAAUGGAGGGAAGGAAGGAUCAGUCCUGAGCAAGAAGCGGAGGAACUGGAGGAUCCUGAUGAGGAUGAACCUAUUUCCAAGUUUUCUGGCAGCCUUUUUGAUACCGACAAUAGCAUGAGAGAUCAAAGAAAUGCACGAACGGCUCUCCAAGAAAAGCACAAGUCAGCAACAAAAGGGAAGACCCUUCCAGGGACUAGCACUAAGGCGCAGCCGCCCGUCUCGGCAGCUGGCAGCUUCCCCAGUGAGAGCGGCCAGUUCCCAGAAGAAUCGGGAGCGGUGGAUGCACCGCAGCCCCCGCUGAAGAUAACCAUUACUGUGUGCAGUCAAAUGGGGAGUCUUGGUAUUAGCAUUGCUGGUGGAAAGGGCUCAUCUCCAUGUAAAGACAAUGAUGAGGGGAUCCUGAUUUCACGGCUGCCGAAAGAUGGUCCAGCAGACUUGGCUGGGGUACAAGCAGCCGGAGACAGAGUGGCAGAGGCAUCCGUCAUUUCAGAACCCGAUGCCCUUGAUGCUGGUCCUACUGAAGCUUCAUCCAAGGGCAGCCCCUUCCCAGCAGUAAAUCACAUCAUAACAAUACCUCGGAUAAUCCUCACGCGCCCUUCCACUUCCGACGAAGACACCGACCAGUUGCCCCCAGACCCAGAUGACUUUGAGCCCGAGGAACCCGACAGCGCAGGCGGCCGUGCCUAUUCGGACUGUCUGAACAGUGCUUUUUAUCCUCCCUAAUAAAGUACUUUUCUGGAAAGAGUUCGCCGGUGGUUUUCUUUCCCAUUGUUCGAUUACAUUUAAUGUAGUACUUGAACUGCUAUGCCUUAUUUGUAGGGAAAACCGUGACACGGAGGUUGGAUUUGAGCUGGGGGAGCAGAACCCGCAUUUGUAUUUCUUUGCCUUGAACUUUCCUUCGGCCAGAACUCGUGCGCUUGAAACAAAAUGCGCUGGGGGAGGUUAUGUGAAUGUCACCACGUGUUUCAAUAGCCACUUGUAAGGGCGUCCUACAGCACCUAAAUGCAACGGUGAAAAGAGCAGGUGAUUUUUAUUCAGAAGGUACUUUACCCUUUUGUAAACACGCUGAAAACAAUGGUAUAGUUUGUUGUUUUUUUGUUUUUUUUUUUAAAUCUUGUGUCCCUGUUUUGUCUAUAUA